AACACGCCAUGUGUGCCACGGCACCAAAGUUUCUUUCAUUCCAUUUAUGAUGCAUGUUUGUAUAAACUAGCUACAAAAAUUGAGAAUUAAUAAAUGUCACGACGAGGAAGGAAUUGAAGAGGGAUCUCAAGGCGAAAGGGAGGCAAGCCAACAUCACGCCUUGCUCGUUGCUUUCCCCUCGAUAAUUACUCCUUUUCCUUUCAUUUCAUUUCAUUUCCUUUCCUUUCCUCCGUUUGUCAACCUCCCCAAUUCAUGCCGCAUUUCCUUUUUUUUUUCUUUUUCUUUUUCUUUUUCUUCUGUCUAUAAAUCUCCAAAUUCUAAUCCUUGAUGAAGCCAUCCCCGUCUUCGCAAAGAAAGCAGAGCAUGAACGACGCUGUCAGUCUGGAGGCCGAUGUCUGCGACACCAGCCUUGCCCUCGGCUUGGCCGUCACGGGAAGCGGCGGCAACCGCAAACGUCCGCCGCUUGCCCUGAGCCUCUCGGGCGACGGCAGGGAGAACAGGGCAGCGUCUCCGCCACACAGCGCCAUUUCGUCCUACUCUGCAGCCCGCGAACCAUCGCCGGAGGUCAAAAAGGAGAAGAAAUUUACAGACGGGGAGGGUGCUGCUUACGUGGACAGUGACGGCGGAGGGAAGAAGAAGCUGAGGCUCACCAAGGAGCAGUCGGCCAUGUUGGAGGACCGCUUCAAGGAGCAGAGCACCCUGAAUCCCAAACAGAAGCAUGCCCUGUCGAAGCAAUUAAACCUGCGGCCGCGGCAGGUGGAGGUCUGGUUCCAGAACAGAAGAGCAAGGACGAAGCUGAAGCAGACGGAGGUCGACUGUGAGUUCUUAAAGCGGUGCUGCGAAUCGCUGACCGACGAGAACCGGCGACUGCACAGGGAGCUGCAGGAGCUGAAGUCCCUAAAAUUGCCAUCGCCGCCGCCGCCUCCGCCUCCGGCAGUCUACAUGCAAUUCCCGGCAGCCACCCUUUCCGUGUGCCCCUCCUGCAAGGCCAUCGUCCCCGAGAGCAAGGGCGGGGCCGGCGAGCCGCUGGCGGUGGCUCCGAAGGCCCAGUUAUUUAGUAGUAAUCCUUUCAUCCACUCCACGACGUGUUGAAUUAAUCGAUCAGGGGAAGUAUUAAUUCAUUAGCGGUAGUUGACCCACACCCUCUCUUUUCAUCUUGGGCUUGGGAGAAAUUGUUGUGAUCAGGACAGAAUGUAGUUGAUAUAUAUAUAUAUAUAUAUAUAUGUUUAUUAUUUACCAAGUUCACUUACUCCUGGAUUGCUCGGU